AUGAACGUUCACUUGGAACACUGUGUUCUUGGAGGUUUUCUCAAAAUGCUCACAAUGGAGUGUCUGACAGUUUUAACCGCGUGCCUUACUAUUUCGGUUAACCGAAUGCUCUCAAUCAUAAAAUUUGGACCUAUAAAGCGGAUUGGUUUAUUCCUGCGCGGGAAAACUCCUCAAGCGCAUACUUUGGAAUGGUUCCUAAGAUUCCUUUCAAUACAAGAUGAUUUCAAUAUGUUAUCAUAUCACAGCGCUGACUGUCAAGCCAUGGAACAAAAAACAUGGGAGGACCCUUUGAAUGUAUGCUGUGAUCUAUUCUAG